AUGCAGCGCUUUGUCAAGCACAGUGACGUGCAGGCGUUGCUGCCCGAUUUGGGGCUUCCUUUAAUCGACUUCGCAGCAGUACCUUCAAGCGGUGCGACAGUCGUGAUCGACGACGAUGACACACCCAACCCAGGUGUCUCAUUGGUAGCUAUGGAGGGCGAGGGCACGAGUGCACCGUCUCAUAUACCUUCACCGUCACCUGCGCCACAUGAGUUGUCGCAGUUGCGUGCACACGAUGUGUGGGCAGCCAGUAGAUCAACACAGUCAUCAUCGCUUACAGUCCUGGACAUAGAUGAAGACGAGACUGAACAUGAACAUGCUGACAACCAUGUGGGUGAGCAGAUUGUGCCAGUACAAGCAGCUGCCGACCAGACUCAGUUGGCUGUGAGAAAUGUUGGCUGGGGAGGGUCCAGGCUCACUUUGCAGAAGUUAAAAGACUUGAAGCAUGAUGAUUUUGCAAACAUGACCGCGGCUCGUUGCGCUAUUGUUGGGGCACAGGCAUGCGCAUCGCUUCGAAGAAUGUCUGAACAGCUGGCUGUUGCGAAGCUUGCAAAGAGACGUUUGAACAGGAAACUGUCCGUGUCUGCGUCACGUGCAACGAAGCAACAAUCAUUGCAAGAUGCUAAGUCAAGCAAUGAGUCAACGCUUGUUCUCCAGACGGGCCGUUCUGGGAAACGCCUUACACCGACUGCAACGCUUGCCUUGGGAAUUAGGCGCAACAUUGCUCACGUUGCAGCCGCAGACUUUGGGGCGUUGCUCAUGGUGGAUCUAUCGGGAUCUACGGUUAUACGCUCCGAAAUACGUACAGGGGCAGCGCUGGCUGCGAGCAUGCAGGACUACACGUCUGAUCUUAUGUCGGUGUUGCGUUCGACUGGUCGCGCCACGGUACCAGGUGUGGACGCACCAGACCUCGCCGACAUCGCGUACGACGAAUCUGCUUGGAGCCUUUUGGUUAUAUCCGUGCGAGCAGACGCUACACAUUCAUCCAUUUGGAGGAGAGAAAAGCUCCACGUGACAGAGGCUGAGCUAGGACUUGUCACCGCUUCGCUCAAGAGCUUUCCUGUGUCAACCGACGCGUUCAUGAAAAUUCGAAGAUGUCUGCACGAGCCUGAGUUGUCUUAUUAUUUGGAUGAUUGUCCGGCUGCAAGCUAUCAGUCAGAUCUACAGAUCGUGUCGGGGUGCACCGCGGAACACGCCGCGGGUAUUUUGCAGAAGCAACUGAACUCGAUUGGAGUGCCAUCUGUGUCCGACAUCGUCGCAGAACUGACAGCUGCCAGUGUAGAGGACGUCGACCGCAUCGUCUACAUUCCGUCGGACUGUUACCUUCACAUAUUCCACGCAGCGGUGCGUGGUGGGCUCGAGUUGGUGGACGAGCUUAUCGCCGAAGCGUUUAGCAGCGAAACCCUUCGCGGCUUUGACCGGUACUAUAGCUCUAUCGCCAAACUAACAAAUCUCUGGCGAGAGAAAGCGUCAGCUAUGAUGACAGCUUGGCAGGACGUUCACGAUGGGCAAGGCGAAGCGAGUGAGGACACCCGCCUGCUGGGCCAAAGAUACCCGUUGAGCGUUUCGUCAGGGAGGUGGGGGAGCGUGGAGGGUGCAGAAGAGUUUUUGUUGGAGCGGGGGCGGCCGUUGGUGGAGCCUGUUAUGCUGCGAGUACUGAGCAAAUUCAUGAAGGCUGACACCGACACAGCAGCCGACGCGGUCGACGCGGAAAAUGUUGACGCAGCCGCAGCAGACCCAGCAUCAGCCGAGGCAGCACCAGCAGCAGGUGACGGCGGUGACUCUGGCCUUGUCAAGGAGUCUGAUGGGAUGGACGAUGUGGCCUCCUACAAGAUAAAGCUGACAAAAUGGUGCACGGGCACACUUCGCGCUGUGACGUCGUGCGUAUUUUGGUGCCUGUUGUUUCUGUGUCGGACACUUCGUUCUCCGUUGCGACACUUUAUGCUCUUCGUCCAGAAAGAGUCUCGCGGGGGUGAAUGUAUGUUCAAGCUUAUCACAUCGAAACUUGGUCAGAUCACGCGCGAGUUUCAGACUCUCUUCCACAGGCUUCCAGAAAUUGUUUCUCAGGCGAUGCAUCUAUCAGGAUGUCUUGACGAUCAGAAGGGUCUUUCCGACAGGGAUGUCUUGCACAUGCGUUAUGUGGCUUUGCGUUUGCUACUGAUGCAUUGGGCUGCAUUUCGCAGACGUAUCAUACGACCGUUGCAACAGUUUCCUUGGCAAUUGUUCUGGCUGAUAAAGGAUCCGCCUCGGCAAUUCUCACAGAAGAGGAAAGAUAUUGCCACGAAGUUUCUUAUGGUUGGCUUGGAAGAUCUGGACCAUUCGUCGCGGAAGAUCCGUGCAUUGUGCAGUCGCGAGUUGCAGCACAUGAGGGAUCACGGUGUGUUCCCGGACGUUCCGUCCGUGUCAGGUAGCUUCAUGUAUGGCUUCCUGAAAUCUUUGGCUAGGAUGCAGCCUGUUGACACACAAGCGAUCGAGGGGAUCAACAGCGUGAUUAAACUGGUUGGGCGCAGAUGUCCGAAUAUUUCCUUGGAGCUUCUCUCAGCUAGGCUUGCUAUCAAGCGAUCGCUCACGGAAGAUGGGUCCAUGCGAAGACAGAAGAAAUGGUCGCGUAUCAGACAUGCUGCUGAACAAAUGCUGGCUACAAUCACUGGGUACCAUGGCGCUGCACUUGCUAUAUUGGGCAAUCCGUCUCGUUGGUCACACCCUUUGCCUGUGGAGUUGGUUCAGGAAAGCGAUCGCCCGACAGUGUUGGGUAUUACGGACAGGCAGUCGUUGGCAGUGGUUCGAUCUGAUCGAAUGUCUUCAUCGCUGCCCGUGGUUCCAGCGUCUCACUCGCAAGACCAUCAAGACGCGCCGGGCGUGGCCCCAGCGUGCAACGGCGACAAGGCUGAUGGUGUGUCAGUGAUCCGACAGGACAAGAUUCUUGGAGACCACGAUCAGUUCUUCACAUCGCUCACGUCGCCUGAAGCAAUUCUCUGGGCCAAAUCUUAUAAUCUGGGAUGGCGUAGAGCCACCGCUGCUCUGCAUGGCAAGAAGAAGAAGAAGGCUAAACAAUCACAAGGCGAAGCGGUUGGUGUGGACAGCAAGCGUGGCAUGCUUCUGGCGGUUUUCCAGUCUAGCUGCGCAGCCGGGUCAGGGUCGCAUCAGCUGCCACAUGUUUAUGCAGUUCUUGAGAAGUUCUCUGUCAGUGUUAUGUUCUCGAAAGUGGACGUUGUUGAGCAAGAAGAUGCCGGCGUAUAUCUUGAGUGGAAAUACAAUGAAUACAACUGCAUAGAGUCUACAUUGCUCAUAUCGACAUUCCAUGAUGAGUGCUCUCGUGGCAGGGCUUCGUUCAAUGUUGGCUGCGCUGUAAUCGCACCAGGCAGGGCACAUCUUCUCGUGCACGGGCUGGCCGCGCUGGCAGGCGGGGAAAGAUUAUUCUUGGCACUGGCUGAUGUGAAGCAAUGCUUUGCGAUGACUGCGGAGCAACUCCCUCGACCUCCCAGCAAGAAGCCUCACAAGCCCAAGCGCAAGGCCAAGGCCAAGGCGAAGUCAAAGAACACACAGACCAAAUCCAAAGCAGCUGGCAAAGGCAGAUCAAAGGCAGGAAAAAGACCAAUCCAGGACCAUGAUGACUGUAGUGAUGACGACAAGGAAGUUGCAGGUGACGCUAUGGACACAUACCUGCAGGACAACAACCUCUGCGACGAGGGGGAGUACCAAACAGACUCCAGUGCAGCGAGUGAAGAUGAGGAUAACGCGGACGGCCUUGCAGCCGCCGAAAUCAAGCAGGCGUGCGCUGGCGCGGCAGCUUCAGCGUCGCCUGAAGAUGUGCACAGAGCAGCAAUAGAGCUGCAACAACAUGCAGAAUUGGUGCCACCUGGAGAGCUCGAGGAGGAGGCACUGCUCUUGUUGGUGCGGCGUGCCCGGUCCGAGAAGAACAAGGACAUCAGCGCGGGUUGCUCCGGUCGCCGGCCACAGCAUUUAACGAGACAGCCAGGCAGAUCAGCUUUAGAGACUCAGGAUCUGGAGGACACGUUUGGGGGCAAGGGCGUCCACGAUGAUUCUGCGGCGGCCGAAGCGUCUGACCACGAAAGUGAUGUCAGCUCUGAUGGCGACAGCGAGGGCAAUCUGAACUUGAACCAACCUAGCAUGCCAGAACAGUUGGUUUGUGCUCUGGGGUCACAGAAAAUAGUUGACAUGGGUGCAACCGGUCGUGUGCUUGUUAAAUGGUCGACUUCCUGCCACCACAUGCUGGUAGCCAUGGGCGAGUUUGCACGUGUCAAAGCAUUUCCAGCCGGUCAGGAUCGCAGCUUAAGUUUGGUGUUGCUCAGAGGGCAAGAUCCUGUUCAGAGAUGCAAGUGUGUGCGCUGCAAAUUCAACGACAACUCGCAAGAAGUCAUGUGGGUCCACUGGAUCUACAACACCGGCAAGCCACUUGCUGAACAGUUAUAUUUAUAUUUUCAUUUCGAACCAUAUGACUCAGAUGACACCAUGAACUCUUGA